ACAGAGGGAAGAGGUGCGCAUGCGCUUACUUGCAAAUGCCAUGUGCUCGGCUCCCGUCCGGCUGCAGACGACGCCGACGCCGGGACUAGACGCUUCUCUCACGGCUCCUCUGCGUAAAUCUCCGGCUACCUUCUUGAGUAACAAUGGCUGGUGCCUUGAAGAGGUUUGUUCCCCUGUUCGACCGUGUGUUGGUCCAGAAGGCUGAGGCUUUGACCCGUACUGCAAAGGGAAUCUUGAUCCCUGAGAAGUCUGUAGCCAAAGUCCUCACAGGGAAGGUGGUUGCUGUAGGAGAUGGAGCCAGAACUGAAGCUGGCACCACAAUCCCCCCAUGUGUUACUGUUGGCGAUGAAGUGAUGCUUCCUGAGUUUGGUGGCCAGAAGGUUACCCUGGAGGAGAAGGACUAUUACCUCUUCAGAGAAUCUGAUCUUUUGGCCAAGAUGAAGAACGAGUAAAAGCAAUCCCUGUAGAAGUGGAAUCAUUGUCAAUUCGUAGGCUGAUGCUUAAGGAGGCCAAGGAAAAAAGAAAUUCCAGCAGAUCAGAGAUUUGCCUUGUGUGUUAGUCUGCGGCUUGUUUCAGUUCACAAUGUGGAAGAUGUAUGGUUUGAGUCUAACAUGGACCAGUUUUCUAUGUAUGUAUGUAAUCAUCACAUAUAAUUCAUAUUGUCAUUCAUCAUUUAGGGCAUGAAUGUUCUGUCCAUCUAACAUAUGUAUAUAGAAAUGUAAAGAAUUGUUUUACAAAAUAUAGAUUGUUUUCAAA